AUGCGCAUGCGCACUAAACGAACUUCCGCCUUCAUUCAUUAUAUCUUGAUAAAUACGUCUGGUUCCAGAAUUUCUCUUAGUUACCUCCCAAACACAUUUAUAAUAGAUUUCUCUACCACCCGACGCACUCAUAACAAUAACACUAUCCUUUAUAAGAACAUUUCCAAUAUCAGAAGACAUUGGAAUAACUGAAGAUACUUUCUCAUUAUUUAUCUUCUUCUAAGCACCGAAAUGAAAAUAUUGUACAGAAUAGAUACAUAAGAUUCUCUACAUAGAUUUCCCUAAAUCUAUGGUAGAAUUCCUACAAUAUACUUACUCUGAUAUUGUGUUAUUAGCAAACUUUCAGGACAUCACAGGUUGGAGUGUCUACAGCAGUUGAAAUAUUUGUAAACAAAAGACUACAGAAGCAAAAAGAAGAAAAAAAAUAUCUAUAUUGUGUUUUUCAAAGAAAAAUAAUGGAAAAAGGUGAAAAAUUAAAGGAAGUGAAUUUUCCUGAUGAUAGAGAAAAAGGGAGUAGAAAAUUGUCAUAUGACUGUGAUGUCUGUAAAAAGUCCUUCUCUCAAAAAGGAUAUUUGAAUAAGCACAAACGUGUUCAUACAGUAGAGAAGCCAUUUCAAUGUGACAUCUGUGGUAAAUCAUUUUCUAUAAGUAGCCAAUUAAUCAGUCACAGACAUAGCCAUACAGGAGAGAAGCCAUUUCAUUGUGGUGUCUGUGGUAAAUCAUUCUCUUCAUCCAGUGUCUUUGCUACACACAAGCGGAUUCAUACAGGGGAGAAGCCAUUUCACUGUGACGUCUGUGGUAAAUCAUUCUUUCAAAAACACAACUUGACUAGACACAGACGUCUACAUACUAGGGAGAAACCAUAUCCCUGUGAUGUCUGUAGUACAUCGUUCUCUGACCGAAGUGCAUUAAAUUAUCACAAACGUGUUCAUACAGGGGAGAAGCCAUUUCACUGCGACAUUUGUGGUAAAUCAUUCUCUCAAAAAUGUGACUUAUCUAGACACAAACGUAUUCAUACUGGAGAGAAGCCUUAUCCCUGUGACGUCUGUGGUACAUCAUUCUCUGAGCACAGUAUUUUAACUACUCACAUACGUAUUCAUACUGGAGAGAAGCCGUAUCAAUGUAACAUCUGUGGUAAAUCAUUCUCUCAAAGUAGUGUUUUAACUUCUCAUAAACGUAUUCAUACAGGGGAGAAGCCAUAUCACUGCAACAUCUGUGGCAAGUCUUUUUCUAGAAGUAGUACCUUAACUAAGCACAAACGUAUUCACACAGGAGAGACACCAUAUUUAUGUGAUAUCUGUGGUAAAUCAUUCUCCCAAAGUGACAGCUUAGCUACUCACAAGCGUUUUCAUACAGGAGAGAAGCCAUAUGAUUGUGAUAUCUGUGGUGAAUCAUUUUCUGUAAGUACUUACUUAAUCAGUCACAGAUAUAGCCAUUCAGGAGAGAAGCCAUAUCAUUGUGGUGUCUGUAGCAAAUCAUUCUCUUCAGCCAGUGUUUUCACUACACACAAACGUAUUCAUACAGGGGAGAAGCCAUUUGACUGUGAUGUCUGUGGUAAAUCUUUCUAUCAAAAAUAUAAAUUGACUACACACAAACGUAUUCAUACAGGAGAGAAGCCAUAUCCCUGUGAUGUCUGUGGUACAUCUUUCUCUGGCCAAAGUGCUUUAAAUUCUCACAUGCAUCUCCAUACGGGGGAAAAGCAAUUUCACUGUGACGUUUGUGAUAAAUCAUUCUCUCAAAAAUAUAACUUGACUAGACACAAACGUAUUCAUACCAGGGAAAAGCCCUAUCACUGUGAUGUCUGUAGUACAUCGUUCUCUGACCAGAGUGCUUUAAAUACUCACAUACGUGUUCAUACAGGGGAGAAGCUAUUUCACUGUGACAUUUGUGGUAAGUCAUUCUCACAAAAAAACAACUUAACUAGACACAAACGUAUUCAUACUGGAGAGAAGCCUUAUCCCUGUGAUGUCAGAAGUACAUCAUUCUCUAACUGAAGUGGUUCAAAUUCUCACGUUUUCAUACAGGGGAAAGCGACUUCACCGUGAUAUCUGUGGUAAACCAUUCUCUCAAAAAUAUAACUUGAUUAAUCACAAAUAUGUUCAUACUAGGGCGAAAUCAAAUCCACCCGCCUUAUCACUGUGAUAUCUGUGGUACAUCAUUUUGUGGCCAAAGUGCUUUAAAUUCUCACAAACAUGACCAUAGAGGAGAGAAGCCAUAUUAUUGUAAUAUCUGUGGUAAAUUAUUCUCUGUUAGUUGUGAUUUAUCUCAACACAGACAUCUCCACACAGGUGAGAAGUGAUAUCUGUGACAAAUUGUUCUAUGGAUGUAUAUAGUUGCUUGACUAGUCCCAAACGUAUUCAUAAUUCAUUCUCUCAAGGUAACCACUUAGCUUUUCACAAACGUUUCCAUAGAGGUGAGAAGCCCUAUCACUGUGAUAUCUGUGGUAAAUUGUUCUCCAGAAGUAGUUGCUUGACUAUACACAAACGUAUUCACAUUAUUUUUAAUUUGUCAUGCAUUAUCUGACAGCUUUCAAAUUUAAAUGGAUAGUUUAUUUUUAGAAUGACAUUGUCGGGUAGGCGUAAGAGGCCGAGUCUGGCUAGUUUGAUCAAAAAAUAAUUAGAAAAUUUGGCCCAGAUAUGACUGAUUUAAAUUCUAAAGUGUUAACACUAAAAGUGCCAACAUUUCCUCCUAAGAAUGACCGUGGCAAUUAUUUUUGACUGUCAAUGAAAAUUUGUAUGUAAUAGAAUUCAUUUUAAAUAUAAGCAAAUGCAGUGAAUAAAGGAUUUGAAAAUA